AGUCUCUGUGCCAGCAAGAGCAAGCAUCCUAGGCUACAGCAGCUGAGGUGGCAGCAUAGACAAGGGAAUCAUUGUUACACAUUGUGACAACCCAACUGAACGGCAGGGGGUCACCUAGCACCUGCCCAAAUACCAAGGGGUGCAUCUUGCAGUUUUUAGAAGUUGGGAGGGGGGGCUGCGGGGGGGAUUCACCCCCUCCCAAUCUUCCUCAUCAUUUGUGCCUAUGGAUAACAGUGUCAAUAUGGAAUACUUCCUAUCAGGGAUGCAGAUGUAAUUGCUACAUAAGUGUCAGGCACAGCAAGCAGUGAUUCGGGACAAGGAGGGGGGAUUAGCAAAUGUGGGUGCCCUUUAGGUAACAUUUCUUUUUACUGGAAAAAAAAAAAGCUAAGCUAAGGGAAGGGGGAGCAGAGCAUCUUCUGCUUUGUCUUGUGAUAAUGAGCCUUGGUUUGACCUAACAAUGAUACCAGAUCCAGCCUUCUCUUCUGUUCCCCUCAUAGACAGUAAGAAUGCUGAUUGUUCUUGUUUUGAGAUUGAAAGAACACAAGAAUACAUUCCUAUUGAGAUCUAGACAAUAGAACCUGCUUUUUUAAUUUUUUUUUUAUAAUAUAUUUUAUUUAUUUAUUUUUUUUGCCUUCACAUCGUCUGUUUUUUUUUUUUUUUGGGGGAGCCUUUCUGGAAUAUUUUACAAUCAUCACAGAAAUCAGGAGGAAUGAACCGGCAGCUGGUCAAUAUUUUGUCAGCUUUGCUAACAAUAUUCCUUGAAACCAAUAACUUCAGGUUGUCUUUCUGUAAAGAACAUGAUUCAAGGUCUGCGAAAUCCCCACCACAGAGCAUGUCCCCUUCUGAUUUUUUGGAUAAAUUAAUGGGAAGGACGUCAGGAUAUGAUGCAAGAAUUAGGCCAAACUUUAAAGGUUCUCCAGUAAACGUUACUUGCAAUAUUUUUAUAAACAGUUUUGGAUCUGUCACCGAAACCACAAUGGACUACAGAGUGAAUAUAUUUUUAAGGCAACAAUGGAACGACCCUCGGCUUUCGUAUAGUGAAUACCCUGACGACUCGCUGGAUUUAGAUCCUUCUAUGUUAGACUCCAUUUGGAAACCCGACUUAUUCUUUGCUAAUGAAAAGGGGGCAAAUUUCCACGAUGUCACAACAGACAACAAGUUAUUGAGAAUUUUUAAGAAUGGGAAUGUUCUGUACAGCAUCAGGUUAACAUUGAUUUUGUCAUGCCCAAUGGAUUUAAAGAACUUUCCUAUGGAUGUCCAAACGUGUGCAAUGCAACUCGAAAGCUUUGGAUACACAAUGAAUGAUCUUAUAUUUGAAUGGCUGAGUAACAGCCCCGUGCAAGUCGCCGAUGGUUUAACUUUGCCGCAAUUUAUACUCAAAGAAGAAAAUGAGCUUGGCUACUGCACUAAGCACUAUAAUACAGGAAAAUUCACAUGCAUCGAAGUUAAGUUUCACUUAGAACGUCAGAUGGGAUAUUAUUUGAUACAGAUGUAUAUCCCAAGUUUGCUGAUUGUUAUUUUGUCAUGGGUAUCUUUUUGGAUUAACAUGGAUGCUGCACCAGCCAGGGUUGCUCUUGGUAUCACCACUGUCUUGACAAUGACAACACAGAGUUCGGGUUCAAGAGCUUCACUCCCAAAGGUAUCGUACGUGAAAGCCAUUGACAUAUGGAUGGCUGUUUGCCUUCUCUUUGUGUUUGCAGCUCUCUUAGAAUAUGCAGCGGUGAAUUUUGUAUCAAGGCAACAUAAAGAAUUCCUAAGACUUCGCAGGAGACAGAAAAGGCAUAGCAAGGAUGACGAUGUUUCCCGCGAGAGUCGGUUUAACUUUAGCGGAUAUGGGAUGGGUCAUUGUUUACAAGUUAAGGAUGGCACUGCCGUGAAACCACCACCCCCUUUACCACCUCCUGUUCAACCAAAAGAUGCAGAGUCAAUCAAAAAGAAAUUUGUGGAUCGUGCAAAAAGGAUUGAUACAAUAUCUCGGGCUGCCUUUCCACUGGCGUUCCUCAUUUUUAACAUAUUUUACUGGAUUACGUACAAAAUCAUACGGCAUGAGGAUGUACACAAGAAAUAAGCCACCGCUUUCUUAUUUGGGAUUCGAAAGCCAAUGUGUGCUUGUAAAUGAACAGUGAAAUGUCCGUAUGCUACUUGACUGGUUUUCUACCCAUCUUCUCCUCCCGCAGACAAGAAAACUGGAGAAAAAAUAAAUAAAUAAAGACAUUUGAAGAUGAAGCAGAAAAUAAAACAUCAACCCUGAAACAGUGAUGAUGAAAAAAAAAAGCCUCCUAAUUAUGAACUUUGUCUACUUAUCUUUGGAUAUUUUGUUUUCCAGAACCUGUAUUAAACUAUUGUGUUUUUAAGGGGCCAAUUUAACCAACACUGCCGCUGAGAUGUCACCUUGCUCACAAAAAAAAAUUAUAGAAAAACAAAAUCAUAACUAAAUACAAAAUACAAAAUCGAUCGAAAUCUCCCAUUGAAUCACAACACAUAGUAUAAAUUUGACAGCUUUCCAUUUUAAUAUUUACGGUAGCUGAAAAGUUUAGGAUGUGGACCAAAUUUUUUAAGGAAACACUGCCUUUUUACUGGAAAGAUAUAUUUACUGAGCUACCGUUCAUUCCAUCACAAUGUUAGUAUUUAGUGUUGCACCAA